CUCUUUCUUCCUCGGAGAUUUAGCGAUGGCAUCUGUGGUGGAGUUGAUGUCGAAGGAAGUUCAGGAAGACGGCAACGAACAGCUUGAUCUUCUCCACGUGGCAGAUCCUUCGAUCACCUUAACUCUUCCAAAGGAGUCUUUUCUCAAAGCGGCCAUCUCCCUCAAAGACCAGGUUGUUGAAGCGACAUGGAAAGAAGGAGGUGGGCAGAUUGUGGACCCCACCGUCUAUACGGGCUUGUUAGGGACAGCUUUCACAUGCUUGAGAUCUUACGAGGCGACGGGGAACCAACGGGAUCUGCUACUCUGCACGGAGAUCGUCCACACCUGUGUUGAGGUUGCACGUGUCUCCACAAGGCAUGUCACGUUCUUAUGUGGGAGGGGUGGGGUUUAUGCGCUUGGAGCGGUGGUGGCCCACUACAGUGGUGACCGUCCACGACGUGACCUUUUCUUGGAUCUCUUCGUUGAGAUGGCGCAAGAGAGAGCCCUUCCUGUUGGUCCCGACGAGGGUGGUUUUGGCAUGUCAUAUGAGCUUCUCUAUGGGCGUGCUGGAUUUUUGUGGGCCGCCCUAUUCAUAAACAAGCACCUUGGGCAAGAGGCACUUCCCAUGGGCCUUCUGAUGCCUGUUGUGGAAGCCACUUUGGCUGGGGGUCGGGUAGGGGCAUCAGACAACAAAGACUACCCUCUGAUGUUUAGGUGGCAUGGGACCCGGUAUUGGGGUGCCGCCCAUGGUCUGGCUGGGAUACUAAAUGUGCUUCUCCACUUCCCACUAUCUGAAGAGGACCUCGAGGAUGUGAAGGGCACUUUGAGGUAUAUGAUGAGAAAUCGGUUCCCCCACAGUGGCAACUACCCGUCGAGCGAAGGGAAUCCAAGGGACAAACUGAUGCAGUGGUCGCACGGUGCUGCAGGUGUUUCCAUCACCCUAUGCAAGGCUGCUCAGAUAUUUUCUAGCAAUAGGGACUUCCGUGAUGCUGCCAUUGAAGCAGGGGAAGUCGUGUGGAAGAAAGGACUGUUGAGGAAGGUGGGGCUUGCUGAUGGGAUAAGUGGGAAUGCCUACGCUUUCCUUUCGCUCUAUCGGCUUACAGGGGACAAGUUAUAUGAGGAGCGGGCCACAGCGUUUGCCAGCUACUUGUUUCACAAUGCUAGGAAGCUUGUGGCAAGGGGUCACAUGUAUGGCAGUGACCAUGCCUAUUCUCUCUUCCAAGGGCUGGCGGGGACUGCCUGUCUCUGUUUCGACAUGGCCUCGCCAGAAAAUUCUAGGUUCCCUGGCUUUGAGCUCUAGGGGCACUUUCUUCUAAGGUUUGAAGGCCAUAUGUUAAAAGCUUGCUUACGGCUUUUGUAUAAAGAAAGAUGUCAUCUACUUGCUGCCCAAGACAUUGCACUAUAUGCCGAUGUGACAAAAAAAGUAUUUCACACUUAAUAGAAAUGCGAUCUCUUGUUUGUCGAAACUACUCACAUGAAGUAAUUGGUUUUGGUUGAA